AUGAAUCAACCAGCCCCAAACAAAUGCCCCGUCUGUGGCAGUGAUCCUCGGACACACCCAGGACUUCGCUUCAAGAUCAACACCAAAUGCUACCACCGGAUCUGUGAAGGCUGUGUGGAUCGAAACUUCUCCAGUGGAAAAGCCGAAUGUCCCAUCGGAGGAUGUCAUGUCAGUCUCUGGAAACGAGAAUGGCGGACCCAGACUUUUGAAGAUCUUAAGAUCGAACGCGAGGUGGAAAUUCGGAAACGGGUGAAUAAAAUCCUCGACCGGCAGGAGGAAGAAUUUGAGUCGAAACGCUAUUACGAUGACUUCUUGGAGCUUCGAGAAGAAAUGAUCAUGAAUCUGGUCCUGCGAACGGAUGUGGCGGCUACUAACCGCAAGUUGAAGGAGUAUGCCAUUGCCAAUGGUCUCAAAGUGGAUACGAACGAAACUGCCGACCCCAGCACUAAAGCCUUGAAGAAGAAGGACGUUGACCCAACCGUUGCAGAUCCCAGCGGUCUAAUCAAGGGUAUGAAGAAGAAGAUCAUUCCGGUGGCUGUGGCACCAUACGAUCCCUUUAUGGGGAUGCCGCGCAACAGAGAUUACUACGAAGUCAAGGAGAGCUACAUUGCGCGGGCAAGGGGGAAGCCAGCAGAAGCCAUGGUUGCCGCAGGUUACGACUUUGGACAAUACAUGGACGAAUGUCUGCUGCGGGCAUUUGCGGGUCUGGGGGUUUUCAUUCAGGAUGAGAUGGCGGCAAAGGAGAAUGCAGCCGUCCCUGCACCGGGGUCCGGUGAGGUCAAGGUCGCAGACGACGUCUUCUAG